AUGACCUGGACAGUGCCUUCGAUAAUUGAAGUUGUCUUGUCUGUGGUCCUGAUUGGGCCACUGGUCGCGUUGUUCUCGGUCACGCCAGUCUACGCGAACCACACUCCGGCAUAUAUGAUCCUCAUAACCGUCCCCAUUCUUCUGCUACUGCCAGUGGAAAUCAUCAAGAAUCGUGUUAUCACGACACCCUAUAAAUUUACUGCCUUCCAGCCCAGUAUCGCUUUGCAGGUCCUUCUGUCGCCAGCGGAGAGGGCUCACCCCCUACGACUCUAUCUUCUCCCAGGUGUAGCCGUUGCGGCGAUUGUUCCGGUGUUCUUUAUCGUUGGCGCAUCCCUACUUUGGCGGUUUAUUACCCUGAAACUCGUCUUUCACCAUGGUUUAAAACUGUGGUCUUGGACGUGGAGUCAUACCGUAUACCGGUUUUUCUCUGUCGUUUUACUUGUGUUGACGUCUGCGCUUGUGACGCCGCUCCGUGUCAUGACUAUACGCCUUUCGCUGCAAUGCUUGCAGAGGGAGGAACCAAAUGACCCGGAGCAACAAUCAGGACACCACCAUGAUAAUUCCCAGGCCGUUUACACCUCUGAAGAAGUGGUCGAAAUCCGUGCGGGCCUGCCGCCAUACACAUCAGCUAAAGACUGUGCGAAACGGAUCAUGGAGGAAGAAGGAAAACAGGCACUUUUCCGUGGAUGGUGGAUCACUGCAUUGGGACUUGCCCCCAUGUUCUUGUCAACUUGA